GCAAGUGAGCUUCUAAAAAGAUCAUAACACUGUUGCAUGCUGGUUUUGUUCAGUGGUAAGAGAGAGAAAGAGAGAGAGAGAGAGAGACACUAUGGACUUGGGUGGCCAUUGUGAUCAACGAGAAGCCUCUGAAGUUUGAAAAAAAAAAUCAUUCACAUCAAAAUCUUCUAAUAUAGUAAUAUUUAUAUUCUUCUCCACUAUAUCCACUAAAUUAAAGUGAUAUUGAAAUCCAAGUUUCAACCAAAACUGGUAAAUUUCUUUCAAACUGUUACUAAUUCCAUUUUGUGUUGCUGUUUCAGUUUCUGACAUCAAUCUCUUUGUGUUUUGUUUUGUUUCUGUUUCUUGUUUAUGUGAUCUGAAUCUGUUCUGUUUCAUUCCUUUAUGAAACCAAUCUCUAAAGUUAUUGUCUUUAAACAAAUUCCUAACACCCUUUUGAUGCUUUCCUUUGUUUCUCAUCAUAGAUUCACAACUUGUAUCUCUUGUCAUUUUAUGCUUUGUAACUUUUCUUUCACAAAGUUUAGAACUGGUAUUAGCUGACCCACAUCUCAAAAAAUUGUCUUUUUAGUUCAAUCUUUAGUUUUUCUUUGACCCUUUUGGUUGAAUUGGAUUUUCCAAAGUUGUUUGUGAGAGAUUGUUACCUUGGAUUUAGUGUUACAAAAAUGGUUUCAAGAUCUUAUUCAAACCUAGUAGAGUUAGCUUCUGGUGAAACUCCAUCAUUUGGUUUAAUGAAUAGAAGAAUUCCAAGGAUUAUGACUGUGGCUGGUUUGAUAUCUGAAGUUAAUAUUGAUGAUGAUCAAGUAGAGAGUGUUGCCUCUGAUCUAUCUUCAUCUUCGGUACAUCGCGACCGGAUCAUAAUAGUGGCUAAUCAGCUUCCUAUAAAAGCUCAAAAGAAUCAUGAUGGUAAUAGGAGUUAUUGGUCUUUUGAUUGGGAUGAGAAUUCACUUCUUCAAUUGAAAGAUGGAAUAGGUGAUGAUGAUAUUGAGGUUAUUUAUGUUGGUUGCUUAAAGGAAGAUGUUCAUCCUAAUGAACAAGAUGAGGUUUCAAUGACACUUCUUGAGAAUUUCAAAUGUGUCCCUACUUUUCUUCCACCUGAAAUGUUUACCAAGUACUAUCAUGGUUUUUGCAAACAGCAAUUGUGGCCACUUUUUCAUUACAUGUUGCCUUUGUCACCGGAACUUGGUGGUAGGUUUAAUAGGUCUUUGUGGCAAGCUUAUGUAUCUGUUAAUAAGAUUUUUGCUGAUAGGAUUAUGGAAGUUAUUAACCCUGAAGAUGAUUAUGUUUGGAUACAUGAUUAUCAUCUUAUGGUGUUACCAACUUUCUUGAGAAAGAGGUUUAAUAGGGUGAAACUUGGAUUUUUCCUUCAUAGUCCAUUCCCUUCAUCAGAAAUUUACAAAACAUUGCCUAUUAGGGAAGAGUUGUUGAGAGCUUUACUUAAUUCUGAUUUGAUUGGGUUCCAUACUUUUGAUUACGCGCGGCAUUUCCUCUCGUGUUGCAGUCGGAUGCUAGGUCUUACCUAUGAAUCAAAGCGAGGAUAUAUCGGGAUUGAGUAUUAUGGUAGGACUGUUAAUAUCAAGAUUCUUCCUGUUGGUAUACAUAUGGGUCAGAUUCAGUCAGUUUUAAGGCUGCAAGAAACUGAGGAGAAAGUAUGUGAGCUCAUUCAACAGUUUUCUGAUCAAGGUAGAACAAUGUUGCUUGGUGUGGAUGAUAUGGAUAUCUUUAAGGGAAUAAGUUUGAAGCUUUUGGCCAUGGAGCAGCUUCUUGUUCAGCAUCCCCGGUAUCGAGGAAAAGUGGUAUUAGUUCAGAUCGCGAAUCCUGCUAGGGGACGAGGGAAAGACGUGAAAGAAAUGCAAGAGGAGACAAAGGCCACGGUGAAACGGAUCAAUGAAAGGUUCGGGAAACCAGGGUAUGAUCCUGUUAUUCUGAUUGAGGAGCCACUGAGGUUUUAUGAGAGAGUUGCUUACUAUGUUGUUGCCGAGUGUUGUUUAGUCACCGCGGUAAGGGAUGGAAUGAAUCUCAUACCGUACGAAUAUAUAGUCAGUCGUCAAGGAAAUGAAACGUUGGAUAAAGUUUUGAAAAUAGGAUCUUCCCCUAAGAAGAAAAGCAUGUUAGUUGUGUCCGAGUUCAUUGGUUGUUCGCCAUCUUUAAGUGGAGCAAUCAGAGUGAACCCAUGGAAUAUUGAUGCUGUGGCUGAUGCAAUGGAUUCUGCGUUAGGAAUGGCCGAUUCGGAAAAAGAGCUACGACAUGAAAAGCAUUAUAGAUAUGUUAGUACUCAUGAUGUUGGGUACUGGGCUCGUAGCUUCUUGCAGGAUUUGGAAAGGGCUUGUUGUGAUCACGUACGACGAAGGUGGUGGGGAAUUGGAUUUGGAUUAAGUUUUAAAGUUGUAGCACUCGAUCCAAACUUCAGGAAGCUUUCAGUGGAUCACAUAGUUUCAGCUUACAGGCGGACCACAUGUAGGGCAAUCCUUCUAGACUAUGAUGGUACACUAAUGCCUCAGGUUUCCAUUGAUAAGAGUCCGACAGGUAAAUCCAUUGAUAUUCUUAAUAGCUUGUGUAGAGACAAGAACAAUAUGGUGUUUCUUGUUAGUGCGCGAAGCCGAGCGACACUUUCGGAAUGGUUUUCGCCUUGCGAAAAUAUGGGGCUUGCGGCCGAGCAUGGUUACUUUCUGAGAAUGAAGCGAGACGGUGAAUGGGAAACCUGUGUUCCUGCAACAGAUUGUAGUUGGAAACAAAUUGCAGAGCCUGUGAUGAAACUUUAUACUGAAACAACUGAUGGAUCCACCAUUGAAGAUAAGGAGACUGCACUUGUUUGGUGCUAUGAAGAUGCAGAUCCAGAUUUUGGAUCAUGCCAAGCUAAGGAACUACUCGAUCAUCUUGAAAGCGUGCUGGCAAAUGAACCAGUGACUGUCAAAAGUGGCCAGAAUUAUGUAGAGGUUAAACCGCAGGGUGUGAGCAAGGGAUUAGUGGCGAAACGCUUACUUUCAUCCAUGCAAGAAAAGGAGAUGUCACCUGAUUUUGUUUUGUGCAUAGGAGAUGACAGAUCUGACGAAGAUAUGUUUGAGGUAAUCACGAGUUCAAUGAACGGUCCAAUAGCACCGAAAGCUGAAGUAUUUGCUUGUACCGUUUGUCGGAAACCAAGUAAGGCUAAGUAUUAUCUAGAUGAUACUGCUGAAAUUGUGAGAUUGAUUCAGGGUUUAGCCUGUGUUUCAGACCAAAAAAUAUUAUUCUAAGCUCAGGAUAGUUGAUGGUGAAUGGUGUUAUGGUUGCUUUUCUUUGUUAUUGAGCAUAUAAGCUUAAUUAUGAUCUUUGAUAUAUUUGAUAUUCCAUGUCAUGUAUUGAAGGAAGUUGUUACUCAGAGAACUUGUAUAUAUUUGGUUAUCAGCUAUAAAUUAUGUUAUGUUGUGCUGUGA